ACUAAUCUGACUGAUUUACUGACCGACAGACGCGAGCGUGGGUAGACGUCUUCCAUGCUGGAUACGUUUGCGACCUGUGAUUUUUUAAUGAAUUAAAGUUAUAAUACAUUAUAAAUAAAUACAGUUGUUCAGUUAUUUAGUGCUACUAUAUAUAGUGUUGGCUGAAUAUGUUGUGAUAUUCGACGUGGCCUUACACUAUCGUUGGCAUGUCAUCGGUGUGCCAGUAAAUCGCAAUGGAAAUGACUCAUCAAGGCGGGGCGGAGGCCGAGAGCCUCCUGCGUCCCGACCAAAGGAGCGGCGUCGUCAUGCCGCAGGGACGAUCUGGACGCUGGGAGUCGGGAGAGAGUGAAAAGCUCCCGUUCCUACGUAACGAGCCGGUGAGAUUGACACCCGCGUGGGAGGGAUCCAACCUCCCCAAUGACACACUCAACUUAAAAGGCAUUGCUAUGGACUUGGCUCCUCCGAAGGACAGAUGGUAUUUAAUAUAUUUGACCCUUGUGUUACACGGACUUGGAACAUUAACAGCUUGGAACAUGUUCAUCACCGCUACUGAUUAUUUUGAUAAAUACAAACUGGCGAAUGCACCUAAUCUUUCACAAAGAUAUUUGACGUAUGUAGGAUGGGCUUCACAAACGCCUAACUUGCUGUUCAGUUGGUUUAAUGUCUUCGUUAAAAUUGGUGGCAACUUGACCACACGUAUCGUAUGGUCUUUGAUAAUGGAAGUGAUGGUUUUUGUGGUGACCGUCAUGUUGGCAAUGGUGGAUAGUAGUGAAUGGACAGUUAUAUUCUUCUGGGUCACUAUUUGUACAGUUUUUGUACUUAACGCAUUCAACGCGGUUUUCCAAAACUCAGUAUACGGUGUCGCAGCGCGUCUUCCCCCGCAGUACACAGGUGCGGUGGUCCUCGGCUCCAACAUCUGUGGCACGCUGGUCACAUUGCUCAAGUGGCUGUCAGACACCUUCACCUCCAGUAGACGGACAUCAGCUAUAUAUUAUUUUAUAGCUGGGAUGUUUGUUCUGCUUAUAUGCUUUGAUACAUACUUCGCGUUGCCGUUGAAUAGAUUCUACCGUUACCAUGAGACGUUACAAGAAAGAACGAUGCGUGUGAACCCAGCUUUAGCGGCGACCAAUCAGAACGCGAGCCCGGCAAAGCAGCGCACGCCUUAUGCCACAAUAUUCAAACAAGCUUGGAUACAAUUAUAUAAUAUAUUUAUUAUUUUCUUCGUUACUCUCUCUGUGUUCCCUGAAGUACAAUCUAAGGUACAACCAAUCACGCCUGGUUUCCUCGGAGAAAACUUUACUAGGUUGACUUGCUUUUUGACUUUCAACUUGAUGGCAAUGAUUGGAAAUCUGACUGCUAGUUUUUGGCAAUUUCCGAAUCCAAAGUGGUUGUGGGUAUUUACUACACUACGUAUAGUUUUCAUUCCUGUGUUCCUGGUAUGUAACUAUCUGCCGGACGAGCGCACGCUGCCGGUGUUGGUGCGCGCCGAUUGGUUGUACUGGGUCCUCGCGGUGCUGCUCGGCUGGAGCUCCGGACACGGCAGCUCGCUCGGCAUGAUGUAUGUCAGUGGUACGGUUGCUCCAGAGCACGCAUCAACAGCUGGCAUGAUAGGCGGCGCGAUGCUGGUAACCGGCAUUGUGUCUGGCAUUACAUUCUCCGGCACCUUCAGGGAUGUGGUCUCACUGAAGGCCUGGUUGUCCCUUUAGCGGUCGCUUUCGCGUGCUGGAAUAUUCUGGAACUUUCUAGCAAGACGUAUCGGACAGUGAUGUGUAGUUAAUAUCUAAUGAAAAGAGUUAUAUGUGAAAUAUUAUGAGAUGUAACUCUAAGUCGACUAGUGAAGUGAAAAGUGGAUUAAAGUGUAUUUUAUAAGUGAAGUGAAGAUUGUGUUUAGUGAAUAAUACAAUUGGAGUUAAUCGUUGGAUUUAAAAAGGUAAAAUACUGAUGUGAUUUUACUGUACACAUUAUUUCAAAUAUGUCGGUAGCUCUGAACAGUCUGCGCAGACAUACAGUUGUAAUAAGGAACAGGUAUGUACGGGGGUAUUGCGAACCACCCUAGCUCUGAGCUACCACAAAGAUACUGUAAUAUCAUGUUACUAUUUAUAUAUUUUAUAAUACAGUUGUACAUAACAGCUGCUAAACACAUUUCUUUGCGACUAUAAAAUAGAUUUGUAUGUAAUUAGUAUGAUAAAUUAAAAUAUAUAUGACAUAUUGGAUAAAAUUACAUAUAUCACAAAGUUAUAUGGAUUGUUCAUGUUUGUAUGUUAUAUAUAAUAGCUAAUAUAAUUUAAAAUAACAUAAGUUUUGUCUAUCUGUUCAAAUGGAUAGAGAUAUCUAACCUAGAUAGGUUCCAUACAAAUUUGACAUACAAUCUAGAGUUUUGGUAAUGACAUUUUAUAUUGUAAAUGAUAAUCAUUGAGGAAAUUUAUCUUAAGGCCCCCGCACACUAGAUACUUAGUCGUCCUAUAGCUUGAUUGUGUGCUUCAUCAGUAUGAGUGUGUAAUUUGCGCACCUCUAUGUAUGUUCAUACUGAUUAAGUGUAAGAUCAAUCUAUCGGGCAACUAAAAGUCUAGUGUGCGAGGGUUCUUAAUAAAAAACUUUCAGAGUCCUUUUUUACGGCUCACUUUUGUACUCUGGAUAAGAUCUAUGGGUUAUAUACAAAAUAUGUUGAAGAGUUUGUUUUUAAAUUUGGUGGUUUAAGGAAUGUUAUUGUUGGUAAAGAUUGUCUUAUAGUAAGUUUUCACUGCCAAUAGUCGUGAACGAAAAUAGUUUGUCAUCUCACUCAUUUGUAUUGACAAAAAUAGAGACGGCAAUAUAAUAUGAAAUGUUUUGGCAGUGGAAAUAUAUGUUACUAUGAUUAGUGUUUAAGAAAUUUAUUCAUAAAAGUUAUCCAAAGUGCUGAUAAAGUUAUAGAUAAGUAAUAUACUGCAAUACGAUUGCUGAACGCACAGAUAAAAUAGGUUUUUUUUUACAUCUAAUUUUGACUAGUUUAAUUUUGGAAUGACGAUUCAAUUUUUACUAACAGAUUUUAUAAUUCAAUAGUUCAUUAGCAUUUACUUAAAACGAAACUAAAAUUGAUUGAAAAUGAUUC